UGGACAAGACCUAACUUGAAAUGGUCCUUCCAGGUGCCCCAUGUCUCACAAAGACUGAUGGGAACAGAAGCUUCUCCUAAAUGGGAGUUCCCGUAUGCUCUGUAUGGAGGCAGGCACACAGUCUCCCUGCUCUCAAUGGACGGCAUUGGCCCUGAGAUGACUUCAUAUGUACAAGAAGUCUUUGAAGCUGCAAAGGUCCCCAUUGAGUUUGAAGAGGUUGCCCUCAACAAAAACUUUAAUUCUGAUGUGGAUUUUGAGAGAGCACUACUUUCCAUUCGCCGCAAUGGUAUUGCACUUAAAGGGAGUCUGGAGAGCGAGUAUGCCAGUCCAUUCUACUCGAAGUCCCGCAACGCCGUCAUGAGGGUGGAGCUGGACCUCUUUGUUAAUUUGUUUCACUGCAAGACGUACCCUGGUGUGCCUGCCAAGCAUGACCUGGACAUUGUUGUCAUCAGACAGAACACUGAAGGAGAGUACGCCAUGAUUGAACACGAGACCGUACCUGGUGUGGUGGAGUGCAUUAAGGUCAUCACCAAGGAAGCGUCUGAGAAGCUUGGCCGCUUUGCCUUCGAGUUCGCUGUCAACAACAACAGGAAGAAAGUCACGUGUGUUCACAAAGCCAAUAUUCAGAAGCAAACCGAUGGCCUCUUCAUGGACACCAUGAAGUCCCUGUCAAAGGACUACCCUAGCAUUGCAUACCACGACAUGAUCGUCGACAACACCUGCAUGCAGCUCGUGUCCAACCCUGGCCAAUUCGACGUGAUGGUCACGCCUAACUUGUACGGACUGUGUGUGCAGAACGUCGUGUCUGGGCUCGCUGGGGGACCUGGUCUCUAUAGCGGCAAAAACUUCGGUGAUAAGUAUGCUGUGUUCGAGCCUGGCACCCGCAACACGGGCACACAACUUCGACCCAACGUGGGCAACCCCAUAGCGAUGCUGAACGCGUCUAUUGACAUGCUGCGACACCUGCGCCUCCACUCCUACGCGCAGGUCAUUGACGACGCCAUCCGACGCACGCUGUGCGUCGACAAGAUCCAUACUCAAGACUUGGGCGGGACGGCGAGCUCCAUGGACGUGGUUCAGAACAUCAUCCUCAACAUUCGUAGAUCCUCCUAA